AUGCUACGUCUCUCCGUGGCCGCGCCGUCGCUCUGUUGCCGCGGACUCGUCCGACGAGCAUCCACGGCGGCACCAACGUCCCUCGGGACGGCCAAGAAAGAGGGCAGCAUUGCUGACGCGUUCGUUUCCCUGUCCGGCGCCAAGAGGGCCCCCCUGCCGGAUCGCUUCAGGAAGAUAAAGUGCGACCUGGUGCGCGGCCGCGAGAAGCAGAUUGUGCACGGCUGGGGGGGGCUCUUGCGCGAGCUGCGCAGGGAGAAUGACAUUAUCGCGCGGGAAGGGUCGGACGUCAUCCCGCAGGUGGAGUUUGCGCAUCUGGAGGCCGGGUGCCGAGGGCUGAGGGACGAGAUCCGGAAAAGAGGCGUCAUUGUGGUCAGGGGGGUGGUUCCCGAGGGGGAGGCGCGGGCGUACAAGGACGAGGUGGAGGAGUACGUGAGGAGGAAUCCCUGGACCAGAGCGUUCCCGCCGGACGACCCCCAGGUGUACGAGCUCUACUGGUCGGCUCCGCAGCUCAAGGCCCGGUCGCACCCGUCGGUGCUGCGGGUGCAGCACCACCUGCUGGCCGACCUGUGGCACACGUCGUCGGCCGCGGCGCGCAUCUCGCUGCAGCACCCGCUCUCGUACGCCGACCGGCUGCGCAUCCGGCAGCCCGGGGACGCCAGCUUCGCGCUGGGCCCGCACAUGGACGGCGGCAGCGUGGAGAGGUGGGAGCCCGACGGCUACGGCCGCGGCGGCGUGUACGACAAGGUGCUCGAGGGCAGCUGGGGCGACUUUGACCCGUGGGACGCCAGCGGGCGCGUCGACGCCGUGACCAACCUGUACGACGGGCUGGGCGCCUGCUCCGUCUUCCGGGCCUGGCAGGGCUGGCUGAGCAUGAGCCGGUCGGGCCCGCGCGAGGGCACGCUGCUCGUCAACCCGCUGGUGCGCCUGGCCACGGCGUACGUGCUGCUGCGGCCCUUCUUCGCGCCCCUGAGCGACGGCGGGCCGGGCUUCCUGGACGAGAGCAACUGGGCCUUUGUCGGCGAGGCCGCCAUGACGAGCGAGCUGCACGGCGCUUCGCCGGGCCACGCUCAGGAGCUCACCGACGCGCUGCAUCCCCAUCUCGAGCUGGCCAGGACCAUGGUCCACGUGCCGCUCAUCAAGCCCGGCGACUUUGUAGCCUGGCACGGCGACACUAUUCACUCGGUCGACGCCGUCCACCGGGGCUCGGGCGACUCCAGCGUCAUGUACAUCCCCGUGUGCCCCGUGACCGACACCAACGCGGCGUACCUGGCUCGCCAGCGACAGGCGUUCCGGGACGGCACGCCGGCACCCGACUUCCCCGGCGGCGAGGGCGAGAGGCGGCAUGCCGGCCGGCCCACGGAGGGGGCGCUGCGGCGCUGGGCGGACGGCCUGGCCAGGCAGGCGCUUGGCCUGGAGAGGAUCCAGCCGCGCCGGGGGGGGCUGCCGGGCGAGACGGAGGCCAUUGCCGGCGCGAAUGCCGCGUUGGGCUUUUGA